AGUGCUUUCAGAUCUACAGUUUUGGAAAAUUUUACAAACCAAAAUCACUGAAUAAAGAAAAUCUAUUCAUUAUAUUUUGUAGUAAAUGUUACAGUUAGAUUACGAUUACAUUUAAUCACCAUGGAUACAUUUGAUUGGCCGUGGCAGUACAAUUUUCCACCGUUUUUCACAAUCCAGCCAAAUGUAGAUACCAGAAAGAAGCAAUUGGAGGCCUGGUGUAAUUUAGUCCUUGCCUAUUAUCGUCACAAAAAGUUGUACAGUCUAGAUGUCGGAGAGUCGCAAACCAGCCUACUUUUUUCUAACAAAAAACUAGACAGAAAACUCUCAAUAGAUGCAAUCUAUACAAUAUUAGAAGAGCUUUGUAAAAGAGGUAAUGUUGAAUGGAAGGACAAGACCAAGAAGCAAUGCCUGCUGAUGUGGAGGACACCUGACGAAUGGGGCAAGAUGAUGUAUCAAUGGGUGUGCGACAAUGGCAAGAAUAACACAGUGUGUACGUUAUACGAACUUGUCAACGGGGACGAUACGAAUAAUGAAGAGUUUUAUGGGAUGGAAGACUGGCUUUUGGCGCGAUCACUCAAGACUUUACAAGCACAAAACAAGGCCAUCAUGAUGGGUACAGAUGGUGUGAAGUUCUUGUAGGCCAUUUAAAAAUAUCAGCUGACUAUGUUCACUAGAGACGGAAAUUAUCCAUAAUAAUAAGUGAUUACAAAGGUCAUGUAAAUGACAAUGUGGGGCCGAUCUUCGGAAACCUGCUGGAAGAGUUGUCCGGAUCAGGAAGAAUCUUGAAAGGCUUCCUGCCCUCGGGGGCAGUCGGUGAAUUCACCAGGGAAGGAAUGAAGAUAAACCGCUUCUACUGUCAUGACUGUACGGCUAUUGUAAUGUUCACCUUAUUGA